AGUGAAAUUUGGACACUUUUAUUUUGUUUUAUUUGAGUUUUCGUGCGCAGACGUCAUGCAGGCGCGCUACUCGGUCUCCAGUCCAAACUCUUUAGGGGUCGUGCCGUACAUCAGCGGUGACCCCGGAUACUACCGAGCUGCGGCCGCGGCUGGAGGAGGCUACACGGGGAUGCCAUCCGCUAUGAACAUGUACUCCCACGCGGCGCACGAGCAGUACCCGGGUGGCAUGGCGCGCGCCUACGGACCGUACACCCCGCAGCCGCAGCCCAAGGACAUGGUGAAGCCUCCGUACAGCUACAUCGCCCUCAUCACCAUGGCCAUCCAGAACUCCCCGGACAAGAAGGUGACCCUGAACGGGAUUUACCAGUUCAUCAUGGAGAGGUUCCCGUUUUACCGCGAUAACAAACAGGGCUGGCAGAACAGCAUCAGACACAACCUGUCGCUCAAUGAAUGCUUUGUCAAAGUCCCUCGCGAUGAUAAAAAACCAGGCAAAGGGAGCUACUGGACCCUGGACCCGGACUCGUACAAUAUGUUUGAGAAUGGAAGCUUUUUGAGACGGAGGCGCCGGUUUAAAAAGAAGGACGCGCUCAAGGAAAAAGAGGAGCGUCUGCAGAAGGAGGUACAAACCCCAACGAGGCAGCCCCAGUCCCAGCAGCAGCAGCAGCAGCAGCAGCAAGGCCGAGAGCAGGAGCAGCCCGUGCGCAUCCAGGACAUCAAGACCGAGAACGGAGCCAUGACGCCUCCGCAGGCCGAGUCCCCGUCUCUGAACCCGGUGCCUAAAAUCGAGAGCCCGGACAGCAGCAGCAGCAUGUCCAGCGGGAGCCCACACAGCUUACAGUCCAGUCGCUCCAUCGGCGUGGUCACUCCGGAGCACCACCCGCACCAGAGCCAACAGCAGCAGCAGCAGCAGCACCACCACGUCCAGGCCUCGACGCAGGGCUUCAGCGUGGACAACAUCAUGACGUCUCUACGGGGCUCGCCUCACGCGCAGUCGGACCUGGUGGCCUCCUCCAGGACCCCGUCGCUGUCUUUAAACUAUUCCCCCACGCAAACGUCCGUGUACAGCUCCCAGUGCAGCCAGAACUCCUCUACCUCCAACGCCACGUAUCAUUGUAACAUGCAAGCCAUGAGCCUGUACGCGGGGGACAGGUCUGGACAUUUGGCGCCUAGUUCCGUGGAUGAAACGUUGCCAGAUUACGCAGUGACGACCACGGCGAGUUCACUGUCCCACGGUAAUUUGAAUUCAACAAACGAGGGGCAUCAUCAUCAGGGCAGGCUGGCCUCGUGGUACCUGAACCAAGCGGGGGAUCUUGGGCAUCUAGGGGCCGCGUACCCGAGCCAGCAGCAGAACUUCCACUCCGUCAGAGAGAUGUUCGAGUCGCAAAGGAUUGGCUUGAAUAAUUCGCCGGUGAACGGGAAUAACAGUUGUCAAAUGUCGUUCCCACCGAGUCAGUCCAUCUACAGGGCAUCCGGGGCUUUUGUGUACGACUGCAGCAAGUUCUGACCAAAGCAGCGCCAACGUGAACUGAACUUUUGACGUAAAAAAAAAAAAAAACACCCCACAGCCAAAGGACUAGAGAUAGUUUGUCAAAUGAACACGUAAGUCUCUCUUUUGUGGCUUUUUACCUUUGACAGUUUCAUGGACGUGUAAAUUCAUAUAGUAAUUUAUUUAAGUGUAGCCGGAUAUUAUAAGGACCAAACACCGGAGAAAGUGUUUCCAAAUUGAAUUGUCCAGAAUUAUUGUGCCAUUAUUAAAAAAAAAAAUCAGUACAAAUGGAACGUGUAUAAUGCCAUACUAUUUCAAAGAAUCUUCUUGUUAGUAUUUUUGAAGGAUUUGUUUUGUUUGUUUAAAUAAAUUGUCAUUAUAUGUGAACUAAA